UGAUGAUGAUGAUCAUGUGAAAUAAGUUCGCUUUGGUAAAAAGAGUCAAGCUAGAACAUUUGAAAUUAAUUGACAGGGAAUCCACCUGUAAUUGAUAAAGCUUUCCCGAGGCCUAAAAUACAAAUAUGCCUAGUGGCUGGUGCCACCAAGUGGCUAUGCCUGUUUUCUACUCUGGAAGUACUUCAGAACUGUAGGUGGUGCAAAUGCGCUUGUUGCUGCUCAAGCCAACGCACCCAGAAUCAGAAGAAGACAUCCAAGAGACGUUUGUGUGUUGCGUGAAAAAUCGAAACAACACUCAAACAUAUUCAUAUUAGAUGUUUGAGUACAUCAGAAUGUUCUUGUUGUUUAGAAAUGGACGUGGGUGUUGAGGACAUUGAUGAGGAUGAAACUGACUGGAACAGCAUUUGCUCGGACUUUGUUCAACCCCCCCACGUUGUGAUCCAUGGGGGCAAAUAUUUAAGUAAGGUACCUGCACCACCAGUACAGAGAGUCAUCCUGCAUUUUGACCUGGACUGUUUCUAUGCCCAGGUUGAAAUGAUCCGCAACCCAGCACUGCGGAAGGUGCCUUUAGGUAUUCAGCAAAAGUACAUAAUCGUCACCUGCAACUACGUGGCCAGGGACCUUGGUGUGACAAAGCUGAUGUUAGUGACGGAUGCCAAAGAGAAGUGUCCUCAGCUCGUGCUGGUCAAGGGAGAGGACCUGACACACUACAGAGAGACAUCUUACAAAGUCACAGAGUUGCUGACGUCGUUCUGUCCAUUAGUAGAACGGCUAGGGUUUGAUGAGAACUUCAUGGACAUCACAGAGAUGGUGGAGAGGAGGAUGGAACAGACCCCAGAGUCUGCUCCCUAUUCAUACGAAGGCCACGUUUACAAUCUUGACACCUCGGAUGCCAAAGUCAUGGUACACCCUAGACUAGCGGUAGGCUCACAUAUCGCAGCUGAACUGAGAGCAGAGAUCCACAGCAAGCUGGGCCUCACUGGCUGUGCGGGCAUUGCUACCAGUAAGCUGCUGGCCAAACUGGUGGCGGGUGCCUUCAAGCCAAAUCAACAAACCACACUGUUGCCAGAGAGUGUGAAAGACAUUAUGGGCAGUCUAAAUAGUUUACGUAAAGUACCAGGAGUAGGCCACCAGACUGCUAAGAGGCUUCAGGCCCUAGGAUUGGUUGGUGUGCAGGACCUGCAGCUCUUCCCAUUGGCUGACCUGGUGAGGGAGUUUGGAGGUUCCACUGCUCAGCAUCUCCAGAACCUGGCUUUGGGCAUUGAUGACACUCCAGUCACCCCCACUGGUGCUCCACAGUCUCUUAGCAAUGAAGACUCCUUCAAGAAAGUGUCCUCAACCAAUGAAGUUUGGCAGAAGGUUAAAGAUUUGUUGAGUAGCAUUUUAGACAGGAUGCAUAAAGAUGGCAGGCAGCCUUUGACCCUUCGACUGACCAUCAGGCGUUACUCUGCAACCAACAAGUGGUUCAGCCGGGAGAGCAGGCAGUGUCCCAUCCCCAACCACAUUGGGCAAAAGAUAACCUCUGGCAACUGUGAUGCCUUGGCCCAGCUGGUCACCAUGGCCAUGAAGCUCUUCCACAAGAUGGUGGACACCAACACCGCCUUCCACCUCACCCUCCUCAACGUGUGCUUCAGUAACCUGCAGGCCAAGUGUGCUGCUGUCAGCAAGGGAUCCAUCGCCUCCUUCUUCACACACAGAUCUCCUGAGAAAACACAGGCCUCCUCUCGGUGCCAGGAGGAUCUGUCUCAAAGUGUGCUUGGUAACCUCCGUGGACAGGCUGGAUAUGAUGUUGAAGGUAAGACAGAGGAGUUGACUGGUCAGGAUGCAUCACACUGGAUAUCAGACAUACCUAGCAACCUUAAGAUCAAGCCUUACACACAGUCAACAAUGCAUAGCCCUGAGGCCUCCCAGCAGCGGCCUAUGGUGGGUGAGUGCUGCAUAGGUGGAACAGUAGAUGAUAAAAUGACCAACAGUCCUGGGAUGACAGAUGUUCAUCCAUUGCCCCCCAACAUUGACCCUGAGGUGUUCAGACUCCUGCCUGAGGACAUCAAGAAGGAACUGUUAUCAGCUGCCUACCCAGAGACCACCCAUGGCCUCCACAGCCAUGGCACUCAGUCCGUCAGACCCACAGUAUCUGAUCCAGCAGACAGAGCCCACUCAUUUCACCACAACCAUUCAGAACAGCCUGGCUCUUCCUCUCAGCCUGCUGCAUGCAAACUUAAUGACUCAUUUCACAGCACUCCCAUAGACCUAAGAGAAACUGUGAAGGGCUUUGACAGACAGCCCAACAAUGCACCGACAACCAACAACCAACAAGAACACACAGUCUCCUCCCUGCACUAUUCACUCACAGACCUCUUGGAGGAGGGAAACUCCUCUACAGGCCUUGUGUCACAGAGGCAGUCGGCUGACUGUGGUUUCCCAGGAAGUGUGGACCCCAAGGUGUUCUCAGAACUACCUCCAGAGGUUCAGAGAGAGCUACUGACUGAGUGGAGACAACAGAUACCUGUCCUUAAGAUUUCCUCCUCUUUGAAAAAACAGGGCAAAAGCCCCCUGGCCAGAGAGAAGAAGGCUCCAGCUAAAAGCAGUCAGGCUAAUAAAUUAUCAAACUAUUUCAAACCCAGCUCAGGUUAGAAUGUGUCUGUUAUAUCAAAGGUCACUAUGUGGUGAUUAAGAAUUUGGACAAAUAUUAAAAUCAUUCUCUUAUUUUUAGGAUGUUCAGCAAGUGAGAUUCAUACAGUUAUUUUAGUCAAUACAAAUAUAAGGAAUUGAAUGUUAAAAUAUUAAUUUUUUCAAACUGUUUUACAUUUGUAAACAUGGUAAUGUUCCAAGAAAUAUGUAAAUAAAGAUAAUUUCCUUA